AUGGCCUACACCCCUCGGCUGGUUUCUAUCGGCCCUUUUCAUCACCGCAGUGAAGAGUUGAAGGACAUGGACAUACAAAAAUUCCUAAUUUUGAAGAAUUUCUGUAAUCGUACUGGGAAGAGCAUCGAGGAACUUAAAGGCCGCAUCAUUAGGCCCGAAUUAGAAAUGGAAAUCCGCAGAUGCUAUUCAGAGAUACUCAGCAGUGAAGGGUUUAUAAACAUGAUUCUACUGGAUGCUAUCUUUAUACUUGAGCUCUUCCGCAGGAAAUCUGAAAAAGAUUCUGGAAGCUCAAAGCCUCAUGAAGAAGAUUCUGAAAACUCAAAGGCUCGUGAAAAAGAUUCUGAAAACUCAAAGGCUCAUUAUCAGAUAGAUUAUAUAUUAAACCGGCCGUGCAUGGAAUUCAGCAUACGGCAUGACCUGCUUCUACUUGAGAAUCAGAUCCCUUUCUUUGUUCUUGAGGAGUUAUACGGUCACUUAAUAUACCAACAUGCGGAACCCAAUAUAGAAGAAAAGACUGAUCUUCUUGAGCUCUCUCGUGGGUUUUUUGGCGAUCUCUAUUACGGUAGGAAGCCAAGCCCAAGCUCGCCAAAGCCCGACGUUGAAGUAAAGCAUUUCACAGAUUUGCUUCACGAGGCAGGAUUGAAAUUCACUACGCCAGAUCCAGACACAUAUAAUUUACUUGAUAUAAAGUUGCGGGACAAUUACUGCUUAGAAACGUGCCCGUGCUUCAAUCUCUCAUGGCUCUUGUCUUGCUUACCCUUCCUGAAAAGCGAUUGCUUGGAACGCCGUGUGCAACGUUGCUUGGAAGUCCCACCCCUUUGUGUUGACGACUAUACCGAAGAUCUUUUCCGAAACCUGAAUGCCUUGGAGCAGUGCCUUUAUCCAGAUGAAACUUACAUCUGCGAUUACAUUGUGCUGCUGGAUGAUCUUAUGAUCACAACUGAAGCAGAUGUAAUGUUGCUUGUUGAAAACAAGAUCAUUGAUAACAAUUUAGGUUCCAGCCCGUUUAACAACCUCGGCCUGGAGAUUGGACUCCCUCAAAAUUCCCAUUACGACAAGCUCUGUCAAGAGCUUAAUUAUUACUACGAUAACAUUUGGAAUCGUCUGGCCGUGGGAACCUUGACGAGGGUGAAUUUCACAGACUUUUUUAAAGGCACUGCUACUGUUGUUGGAACUGUUGUCCUGGUUCUCACACCGGAAUUUCCUGAGGCUCCUUAG